AUGCAAGUAUGUACAAAAGCCUCCAUUUUUAAAUUACUUUCUCUCAGUGUCUCCCAGAGCCACCCUUUCAUUAUGCUUUCUUCAGACUCUUCACAGCCAUUGUGUCAACACUAUACUUUUAAAAAAUUGUUGAAUAGGUGGCAAUUUUGGAAGACAAAGUCAAAGGCAGCAACUACUUUUCCUUCUGCUCUUGUCAGCAGGGCUGACCACUAUGGGCAGACAGAUCUGAAUGAGAGAGCUAGAGAAGCCAGGCCACACACAUACAGUGACCCAUCCAGCUGUCUACCAGUUAGAAGUCAUGUAUGGAUGGGAGAGCUGGACUAUAAAGAAAGCUGA